AUGCUCCCGGAGGAGGUGUUUAGCAGAUGGAAGACUACUUUGGAUAUUCGGUAUGAUAAACAGUUUGUGAAGAUUAAGACCGGUAACAUCAGGAAGUUGGAAAAGUUAUUGUGCUUGAAGGUUAGAAGUGACACAAGCACACAGGUGGAUUCAAGAAUAUUCAAUUAUACACCUUUGGUCCUCCCGGAGGAGGUAAAAAGAGUAUUGUGUGUGGAUCCAAAAUUUAGAUUAACUCCAAGAAGAGCGGAUGUCCAUCCGGUUACAAUCAUUAAAGAAGUGGAAUAUUGUGUCAGUAAUCUUCCGAUGAUGGAGGAAGAUCCUGUAGCUGAACAAGAGGGACGGAAUACGUUAAUAUCUAAGAUAGUUAAUAUCAUUCUGAAUUAUUAUAAGAAGCCGGAGCCUAAGUGUGGCGAUCAGUUUAGGAAGGAUGUCAUGUCAAUAAGAAAAUUUUUUAAAGAACAUGAUGAGGUCCUGGUGAUGAGAGCUGACAAGGGGAAUUCGACGGUGGUAAUAUGUUGGGCUCAUAAACCAGGGUGUAAACUAAGACCAGUUGUUAGCUGCAUUGGAUCUCCUGGUUACAAGCUUGCCAGGUUUCUCCACACAAUUUUACUUUCUAUAUCAACAACAUGUAGGUAUAGAGUUAAAAAUUCACUAGAAUUUGUGGAGAAAGUCAAGUCAUUGAUAUUACCACCUGGGUAUAUCAUGGUAUCUCUUGAUGUUGUCUCACUUUUUAUUAAUAUUCCAAGAAGCUUGGUUUUAGAGAUUCUAGAUGAGAGAAAACGAAUAAGAGACUUAUUGGUUAAUAACAAUUACCCUUGUAGGCUGAUUAACAGAUGUUUGAAUGAAUAUACACCAGUGAGUAAGAAGAACAGGAAUUUGUUGAUCAACUAUUUUAGAUUCCCUUUCAUCAAAGAUUUGUCUCCACGGAUUGACAACUGUAUCAGAGAAAGUUUCAGCAGACUAGCGUAUUACAAUCUAUUGACUGCCAACUAUGUUUAUUCAAGACUCAAAGAUCAGAUCCCUAAGAUAGAUAAAUCCAAUCUUAUCUAUAAGGUGCCUUGUUCUUGUGGCUAUUGUUACAUAGGACAAACUAAGCAGAGACUCGGGGAUAGAUUGAGACACCACAGGUAUGAUUGCAAGGCCAUUAAUAUACUUAAAGAAAAUAAGACAGCACUGGCUAGUCACUACUUUGAUACAGGAGACCAGUUCGACUUUGAUAACACGUGUAUUCUACAUCAAGAACGUAAUAGAGCAAAAAGAAAUUUUUGUGAAAUGGUGUAUAUCAAGACAAACAGGACGAUCAAUCUGAGAUCCGACACGCAAGGACUAAGUGCUAUAUACAACGGCAUACUUCAAUUUUGCAAAGAGGAUUGA